AUGCCUCCGAGAGUCGAGCCACGCACAUUGAAGGAGCUCACAGCUCCUAACCUUGAUCAGCAACCUUUAUGCAUUACAUUCCCUCAAGAAGAUGAAGGGGAAAAUUUUGAGCUGAAAUCAGGAUUAAUACAUUUGCUUCCGACAUUCUAUGGGCUAAAUGGUGAGGAUCCGAAUAAGCAUCUUUCGGAGUUCCAUGUGGUGUGUAGCAGCAUGAAACCAAGUGGCGUGUCGGAAGAAAAGGUGAAACUCAAGGCAUUUCCAUUCUCAUUAAAAGGUGCGGCAAAUGAUUGGCUAUACUACCUUCCACCGGGUAGCAUUUCUACGUGGGCUGAUUUGAAAAAGGCUUUUCUCGAGCAAUAUUUUCCGACUUCAAUGUCUUCGGUGUUGAAAAAGGAGAUAAGCAACAUCGAGCAAAAGAGUGAUGAAACCUUUUAUGAGUACUGGGCUAGAUUCAGGAAGUUAUGUGCUAGUUGUCCUUAUCAUGGCUAUGCAGAUGAAGACUUAGUGCUUUACUUCUAUAAUGGAUUAAGUGGUGAAGAUGCACGAAUGGUUAAUGCAGCAAGUGGAGGUUCAAUUGUGAAUAAAACUGCACAAGCUGCUAAAGAUUUGAUAAACGAGCUAGCUGAGGGCUCGAGACAAUUCACUAGAAGAUCAGGGGCUCGUCGUAUGGCUACCGAAAGUCCUGGAACUUCUAAAUUAGAGGAUCAAGUGCAAGCAUUGACAUCUAUGGUUCGGGAAUUCAUGACAAAGGACAAGAAUACUCAACAUGUGAAAGCUUGUGGCAUUUGCUCUUUAAAUCAUUCCACAGAUUUCUGUCCUCAUUUGCAGGAGGAAGCGAGUGAAGAGGUGAAGGCGGCCGGAUUUCAGGGCCAAGGUUUUCAGAAGCGGUAUGACCCAUAUUCCAAUACAUAUAAUCCUGGCUGGCGAGAUCACCCCAAUUUGAGAUAUGGUAAUGUUUCGGGAAACCAGCAGGGACCGCACCAGUAUAACCGUCCUCCACCUCCUUACCCGAGACACCAGGAGCAAGGAGCUCCACAUUUUAGGCCACAAGGCCAAGUACAGGGACCGAGUACCAGCAUGUCAACUGAAGAUAUGAUUAAUGCUUUAACUAAAAAUGUGACUAACAUGCAGGGAAAUAUGGUUCAAUUUCAGGAGGAGACCCGAUCGAGCAUCAAGAAUUUGGAGCAACAAAUGAGUCAGGUCUCUGGAGCAGUGAGCCGAUUAGAGGCGCGAGAUUCGGGAAAGCUACCGUCUCAAACGGAGCUUAAUCCGAAACAAAAUGCAAGUGCAAUCACUUUGAGGAGCGGAAAAGAGAUAAAAGGAAGAGAUAAAGAGGUCGAGGAGGAGAUUGUUGUUUAUAAGCCAGAGCCGGAGCCUGAGCCAGAACCAGAGCCCGAACCUGAGCCUUCCACAUCUCAUGAGAAGUCCAAGCAACCACCACCUCCACCACUUUAUGAGCCAACUCCUCCUUUUCCAGAAGCACUGCGAGAUACUCGGAAAAAGAAUGUGAUCGUGAUAUUUAUGAGACUUUCCGUAAGUGUGAGGUAA